CACGUAGCGACCAAUCACUGUUGUGCGGGAUUGUGUACGCCGGCGUUAUUAACACAUUAUAGUUGUUUAUUAAGUUAUAUGUAACAUUUGGUUUUGUUAGAAAACCGCUUCAUCGUAAGAAGUUUUUUCAUUUUUUUGUAGUCGUUGGGGUUUAAAGUCAUUUGAGCGGGAGGUGGUGCGUGUUUGUAAGUGUUUAGCUAGCAGGCUAACAACAGGCCCCAAGUAAUCGCUUUGUUUGGGGAAAAAAAUGCUUAAAUGUGCACAUUUAUAAAGCAGCAUGGGCCAAUAACAAGUCAUGUAAUGUGUCACAUCAGUGUUGUGCAAGCUAGCUGCAGCACACGCUGCUGAGACAGAAAGUGUGCACCGGGAGUGUUGAUGUGCUGCAGCGGUGUGGCGUCCAAGUCCUAGGCGGGCCAUGAUGCUGCUGCGGCGGCUGCUGAGGAAGCGCUGGGUGCUGGGGGUCGUCUUCGGGCUGUCGCUCAUCUACUUCCUCACCAGCACACUCAAACAGGAAGAGCGGACCAUACGGGACCGCACGCUCUUGGAGGUUAGAGACUCGGACCAUCGCAUCCCAUGGAAGGUGCGCUUCAACCUGGGCAACAGCAGCCGGCAGAUGAGCCAGUGCAGGAACUCCAUCCAGGGCAAGACGCUGCUGACGGACGAGCUGGGGUACGUGUGUGAGAGGAAAGACUUGCUGGUGAACGGCUGCUGCAACGUCAACGCUCCCAGCACGCGCCAGCACUUCUGCAAAAGCUGCCUGGCCAACGGCUGCUGCAGCGUCUACGAGUACUGCGUGUCUUGUUGCCUGCGACCCGACAAGCAACCUCUCCUCGAGCGCUUCCUAAACCGCGCCGCCGAGGGCUUCCAGAACCUCUUUGUCGCCGUGGAGGACAUCUUUGAGCUGUGCCUGGCCAAGUGUCGCACGUCCUCGCAAAGUGUCCAACACGAGAACACGUACCGGAACCCUCAAGCCAAGUACUGCUACGGGGAGAGUCCUCCAGAACUCCUCGUAGUCUAAGAGUCAGUCGGACUUUUCCCCGGUGGACAUCCAGACACAAAUACUGUACAUAUUUUUCUUUUCAGUGAGUAUUUACACUUCAUAAGUGCGUCAAACACGUCCAUCCAGUCAUCCGUGAUGACCAUCAGGUCGCAGGCAGCUCCCUUUGUUCACCACUUCAAAAACAGCCAGGGUGAAAAUGACAAGCAAGACCUAGGGCCGAGCACAACAAUGCGGACUUGAGUCCAGCCUUGGCGGAGGUCUGCGCUCCCUGGAAGUGCCAUGUUUCCUUUUAAAAGUGUAAGAUUGUGUCCUCCGAUGUAUGGUGCAUGUUUAGGAGGUGAAUAAAAGCAAGUCUUCAUUUGAA